AUGAAUCAUCUUAUACUAUUUACGACACCUCCUGCACCACUUGGUGUCUGUUUGGCAAAGUCAGAUUCUAGAGAAAAAUUAAAUCAAAAAUCACAAGCAGGUGAUGUUUCAUUGAACGUUGUCGAUAUCAAUGAUGAUGAUGCUGUACGACGUUAUGAAGGUGGAAAAAAUACAAGUGCAAAUCUUUCUCCACCAUUAUCAUCCUCAUCAAGAUCGUCAUCAAUAAGUCGUGAUCGUUCACCUCAAAAAUUGGAUACAUCUCUUACACCAUCAUCAAUCUUGUCAAUAACAUCGAAAACAGACUCGUUAUUCGUAUCAAAUUGGACAGAUGAUGAAAAAUGCAAACGACAAUUUACACAUACAUUAUUUAAUGAUUUACAGCUAGCACAACGGCCAUAUUUUGAAGCAUUAAUUAGUGCACUGGAUUGCACUGAAAAUGAUCAAAAGUGUUUUUAUUCUCUUAGUUUGAUAUUUACAAUGUGUAACAAUCCAUAUUCGAAUAUUCGUCUUGUUACAUUGGAUUUAACUAUUACGAUAUUGAAAAGUCUUGUUUAUGAUGAACAAAAAUGUUCGAUUCGUGUAUUUUCCUUGAUACGUGCGUUAUCAUUAAAAUUGAAUUCAACACUUGAAACACUCUUACCAAAAGAUCGUCAAUUUCUUGUAACAAAUCCAAUGCAAUUUAUUCUGAUUGAACCUGAUGUUAAACGUCUAGGUUGGAGUAUUGGAGGGUUGUCUACUCAAGGUAGGGAAUAA